GUCAGUGUCUUUCCUAUGCCCCCACGUUUUUCCCCCUCGACACGGAGCGAAUCGUUAUAAAAGAGUCAUUAGCUUAGCAUGAAGACCAUCUCGAAAUCCGCAUUAUUUAUCCCUACUCGACCUCGACCAGCCGAAGCAUAUGCCGCGUACACGGUGCAAGGUGUCGCUGGAUCACUGGACGGAACUUCACUAUACGUAUCAACAGUUUACACUUUGAGGCACCACAGCUUUUUGCCCUUUUCAUUCGCGUUCCAGUGAGACAGCGCCAGUCAAACGCCCGACCAGAAACUAUUCUCCAUUUCGGCUUAACCCUUCUCCAAGUUUACGGCUUCGCGUCUUGCUGAUGUUCAUAACUGCGCUUUAGCCAUGAUUUUAAUUUUAUUCUUCGUCUUUAAAAUUUGCAACUCGGCAUACCUUUUGUAACCCCCACUUGGUGAUGCGCUUGCAAUGUCAAACUCGACGGAGGUGAUUGCCAGCCACAACCCGUACCCAGUGACACCUACUGGGUAUCUCAUGGGCUCUUAUUUUUGUCUGGCACUUUACGGUGUUCAUUGUUCGCAAGUCUAUAGGUACUUUAGUCGACAUUCCGAUCACUGGCGAACACAGUUACUCGUCAUUUGGAUAUGGGUCCUCAGUAGUGUGCAGGUUGUUCUGGUACUUGUCUCGAGCUGGAAAUAUUUUGUGGAUGGGUUAACGAACACAAAGAUCUGGGGAGAGUUUUGGUGGCCGUUGAGUAUACAGGAUGCACUGAUUCCCACUAUGGCAUAUACUGUGCAGCUAUACUUUGGACGACGAGCAUGGCAGUUGAUGGGGAAGAAGAUGUGGUUGAUCUGCACGCUGUACGGAUUUUCGACUCUCACUUUAUUCUGUGGCUGGGCCCUAGCAAUCACUGGACGACUCUGGGCAGACAAUCCAUACAGUACCAACGAAGAAUUCCGCUCUCGUGUGAUUGGCGUUCCAAGCCAGGUCGUCGCUAUCCUCUGGAUGGGCCUCUCCGCCGCUAUUGACGGUUGUAUAACAUGUAUGCUCCUCUACCGCUUCUCCCGCGCUCGACAUAGCAUCUCCCAAUCUACACGUACCCUCGUUCGUCGCAUGAUGACUCUCACCCUCUCAACCGUCCUCCUCACCCACAUCGUAGGCGGGGUCAUGUGUAUUAUUUUCAUCGCAUCCCCCUCUUCCCAUCGAACGAAAUCCAACUUUUUGUGGGUCCUGCUGGAGCUUAUCACGGAGCUAUACGCGUUAUCGGCUGUGUUUACCAUUAAUUCUCGUGUACCACGUUCUUCACCUUCGUCGUUGUAUGAGAAUGGAAAAGAGGAAGACGGAAAAUUUAGAGGAGGAGCAGAGUUCCCCAUGACUCAGACGGCGUUGGAUAGGCAGGUCGAGGGCUACCAGGGUUCGACACCGUUUGGUGUGAGGGUGACGUUCUCUUCUCGUUGUCAAAGGAAUAAAAAUGGGAAAAAGUCUGGAGCGGAUGGGGCUCUAGUGACGCAUGAGGACGCGGUACCGGCUUUGUCGGCUGAAGGUACAAGGAUACCUGAUACGCCCACCGCAGAGUUGACUGGGUAUAUGUUUUCUCAGGGAAUACAGCCUUCGUAUGGUGUAGAAACGAAUGGAGGGGAAGGAGAGGAGGAUCUGGCUGACUCCGUUGUUAGUGAAGAGGCUGGGCAAAAGCGGAGUUGGGCUUGAGAGGGGACGAGUUGUACCAUAUCUUUUAUUUUUGGGCAAUUUGGGACUUAUUCUGGGAUGUAUAUUCGUU